AUGCACACAAGUACACCUACUGAUAAUUGGGAGGACGAGCAGAUGAUAACACAGGGAGAUGAAGAAGAGGAUGAGCUGGCUAUUCAGAGUCGCGGUCCAGUGAUUCAGGACCCAGAAAGACCCUCUCCUGACGAUGUAGAGGAUGAGCCAAUGAUACCAGGUUCUUCGGAUGAAGAAGACAAGGACAGGCUGGCUAUUCAACAUGGGGUUUCAGGGACACAGGGCCAUACAACUCCUUCACAAGGGUCCUCUUCUGAAGACAAAUCCCUAUCUCCCAUAUUAGCUAGUCUCCUUAAACUUGUUGGAGAAACCAGUACUUGGUCCCCAAAUCUCUCAAACUUUGAUGAGAAACUCAUUGAUACCUGGAUCAAUGAGGACAUGUUCACGGAUGAAAUACAAAGUCCCACAGGAAAGAAAGGUCUUCAUGAAGAUGAACCUGACUCAAAGGUCAAGGCAUUUGCACCUUUUACUGAUCUACCUCGCCAACACAGUAAAAUUUUGGACUUUCCAAGCCUAGAUUCUUCUAGAAGACUUUUGCUCCACUAUGAAUCUUAUGCAAGUUGCCAGCCUUUCACUAAGGACAAAAGCACCCUUGAGGACAUUGAAGCCAUAAUUUCCAAAGUUCACCAGACAGCAUCUACUGAUGGGUGUGAAUUUGGACUGGGUGCCCGUUCAAAGCCAUUUCCAAUCUUUGAAGUUGAGUACUCUGACUUCAAUUCAUCUCUCCUGUUCCCAAAGGCCCGCAAACAGAGGAUUUUUCACAAUCAACACAUCCUUAUCCAUAACGCUCCCUGCCCAGACUCUAGUGAGCUCAAAUUUGACCCACUCACCUUCAGUGAGCACCUAGGAUCUGUAUCUGAGCUCAGGAUGCUCCAUGGUCAAUGCCACUUUAUUGGAGGAGUCGGAGCUGAAAAAGGAUGCCAACAAGGUUCAUUCCUCGGAACAUUGUCUGAUGUCAUCCUGGCCACCCAGAAUCCUCGGGGUGAAAUCCUCAACUGUCUUGACCUUCCUCUUUCACCUGAUCACUUCCCUCCCCCCCGAGGAUUAUCUACUGACUCUGCAGUCAGGCAGAGGUUGAAUGGAUAUUUUACGCACUGCAAGCAAUGGGGUCUGGCUGCAACAGCUUAUGCGACUCAUAAGGGCCAUGUUGAUGUCUCUGGAUAUGCUACCUAUGUACGAGUUUUGGUUGGAAAAAAGUACUGGAUUGUGGGGUACCCAAGGACACCAGGUGGCUUUGGUUCCAUAGAUUCCUUUAGGCAAGGGUAUGAGGCCGACCUCAGUAACAGUCAACAAUGGGCCAUUCACAGUGUAAUCCUAGAGCCAGGUGACAUUUUCAUCAUGUCUCCAUGCACCCCACACUUUGUGCUUACCUUAGAACCAACUAUUUGCCAAGGUGGACACUUCUACUGCUGUCAAACUAUGGAAGCCACAGGAUCUUACCUCUUUCAAACUUUUAUCACUGCUAACUGGCUCACAAACAAGCCUGAUGGUCCCUCCAGGCAAAAUUUGCACAUUAUCAUAGAAGGUUGGGCACAGUCCAUCCUCACAAUGCCAAAAAACUACCUGGAACUUGUUGAAAAAGCAAAUCAAAGUGAAUCUCGAGUUAUUCACCACCUCCCCAACUUUACACUCUUUGAUGACAUCCAUGGAUUUUUUAUGCUAUGGAGCAUAGCUCUGUUUGGUCCUGUGCUUGAUUACAGACUAUAUGUGGACAAGGAGGCUCACAUGCAGGACUGGGUUUUUGACAACUAUGACUUAGUAUCCACAUCACCUGCCUCUGCUCAGUGCAAGGCUCUUCUUGUUCACAAGGUCCAGGCAUUGAAAAGAGGCAUCUCUGAAGAACUGGGGUCCAUCACUGCUAAAAAAAUCAGAAACACUAUAACCUACUAUCUUGAGGAAUUCAUGGAAGGAUGGGACCAGGAUCCAAAGAACCUGACCUAUGCAUUGAAGCCCCAUGCAGAUGGUCUCGAGUAUAUCAUACAAAGGAAGCUAUAAAGUAAUACAUAUGUCGGAUUUGGCCUAAAUUAAGGUCAAAAAUUGUUGCCCAAGUUCACCAU